GGUGCAUGAGCUGAAGGUGAGCCUCGGUCUAGGCGCCCUAAAACAAUUAAACCGGAAUCGACCGCCGCCCCAGGACGCACCGGCGUUCAAGUCUCCGACGCCCGAAGCCUCCGGAGUGCCCAAGUGCGGAACUCGGAUUUGUCCAAAAGUGCCACGGUUGGUGAAAUGCGCGGCUGAUUCGGAUCCGCGAGACCGUUUCAAUCCAGUGUGCAGUGCGAUUUGGAGUUUAAAAUUUUUUAAAAAAUAAAAAAAUGGGCGCCGCCAAUUCAGCGCCGCAGCACGAGCCCUUGGGCCGCACCAGGUCCUUCGCCCAUGGCCGCAGCAGUUUUCGUAGCCCCAACAAGACUGGCGGUGUCGGAGGCCCGCGAAGGAUGGAUCGCCUGAGGAGAAGCCUCAGGGACUCGUUCCGUCGUCGGAAGGACCAUGUGCCCGAGAGCUCCAAGCCGCACAUGUGGCAGGCUGACGAGGCUGCCGUCAGGGCUGGAACCUGCAGCUUCAACGUCAAGUACAUGGGUUGCGUGGAAGUGUUUGAAUCUCGCGGAAUGCAGGUCUGCGAAGAAGCGUUAAAAGUGUUGAGGGCGUCUCGUCGACGACCCGUCAAGGCGAUUCUCUACGUGUCUGGCGACGGACUGAGGGUGGUUGAAGAUGAGACCAAGGGGCUGAUUGUCGACCAGACGAUAGAAAAGGUUUCGUUCUGCGCUCCGGACCGGAACCACGAGAAAGGCUUCUCGUACAUUUGCAGGGAUGGCACGACGAGGAGGUGGAUGUGCCAUGGAUUUUUGGCCAUCAAGGAAACUGUAAGUGGUGAACGUCUGAGCCAUGCUGUGGGCUGUGCAUUUGCUGCUUGUUUGGAGCGCAAACAGAAGAGGGACAAAGAGUGUGGAGUCACCAUGACCUUCGACACUAAAAACUCAACCUUCACCCGGAGUGGUAGCUUCAGACAGGCUUCCAUCACGGAAAGGUUGCAAGACCCUCAAGAGUGCAAGCCGGCUGAAGUGGACCCCUUUGUUCCUCUCUCUCCACCACCCACAUCCAAAGAACCUGAUGUUACAGAGCCACCCCCAGUCCGGCCAGUAAGCAACCCAUUUGCGAUAGAGCGACCGCACGCUACUCCCUCCAUGCUUGAGCGCCAGGGCUCCUUCCGUGGCUUCAACAAUCUGAGCAACGCAUCACCCUUCAAAAGACAGCUCUCCCUCAGGCUAAGCGAGCUGCCGUCCAACCUCGAACGGCAGCGUUCACUCAGUCUGGAGCCCUCGGACAAGAGGGCGCCCCCAAGGCCAUCAGUUGCCGUUGGUGUGGCCUCCGCGAGUCCGCAACCUCCUCCCAGGACCCAGCGUAACCGGCUGAAUUCCCUGCCGAACGCCAUCAACAGUCUGUACUCAGUGAGUCCGAUCCCGGAAGUGUCACCCAUGAGCGACAAGUCUGUGUCCAUCGACCCUCUCAGCGCCCUGUGCCAGCAAAUUUCACAGGGGAUGUCCUUGCUCACGUCUGCGGACGACCCCUUCCCCAAUCUCAAUGAGUCUUCAACAACUGGCCAGAUAUCAACUAGCCUAGCGACCCAACCUCCAUUGCACACGCAAAUUCUUGCAAUGAACCAGUCAGAUCCCACAAAGCCAUACAUUGACCCCAUCAAGUUGUACAACCCAUGGAUGAACGACACCCCGAAAUCAGCGCCCAAGACUUCAACCACCUCCAACACGGUGGCCAUCAACAACCUCAACAACAACGCCCCUCACAGCACGACGACCACAGCCACCCUCUCCUGGGGCUCCGUGUCCGUCUCUUCGACAACCAUUCCGGUCACUUCUUCGGAGGCCAUCGACAUUCCUCAGCAGCCGGACGUGGUCCUGGAGGCGACUGCUGCCACCACCACGGCCAUGCUCGAAGUGGCCGGACCAACUUUGACAGGUUCCCCAUUGCCCAAGGCGGACCAGUGGCUCACCAGUCUGACGGCCACUCCUCCAAAGCGGCCACCCCCUCUGGCACACUUACGGGCUCAGUCCUUGGGCACGGCUGAGACGGCCAUGAUGGGCCCCCGGUCUGGCUGGAACAGGAACGACCCUUUUGACGCCGAGUGGGUGCCCAGUGAGGCCCAGCGCGCCCAACAAACAUCGUCCACCAACCCCUUUGCCCAAACUGGCGCUGUCAAGGCAUUUGAGGUCCACAUGUAAAGAUUUCCAUGCACAAAUGCUGUUUAAUUGAAUUCGUAAGGAGAGUGGCCGUGAAGAUUUAUUCUAAUUUAUCAGUUGUUAACUCGUUUGUUGUUGUUGAUGCCAGGGAGUAGAGAGUUUCUUUUUUACUCUAAUGAUUGGAACAAAAUAUAAGUCUUGUCUGAAGUCUGAUGUUUAUCUUAUUUAUCUAAAUUGUUUUUGUAAUUUUGAAGUUGCAUCUUCUUUUAAUCUUUUAUUUUCAAAAACUUUAUCUUAAGCAUGUGUCUGUCCAGUUUUCAAGAUACCUGAUAAUUUUUCUUACAUUAAUGGAGAACUACCUUUGAACUAUUAUUCAUUCCACCUUGUAUUUGAUGUUAAAAUAAGUGAUGGUCUUCCGUUCUCAAGUAUUUGAAAUUUAAAGGUUAAUUCUUGCUUGUCUUGCUUUCCUAUCGCAAUUUCACUCCCUGGUUUUAAAACUGUUGAUGUGUACAUAAGAGGAUAAAAUGGGCUUUAAUUACUGAACCAGGACGAGGCUCGUUACAGACCUCCGUCCAGCAGGAUUGUAAAUUUUGUUGAUCAAGAGAAAAGUACUUAAUUUUAAUGUAAUGAUGCUGAGGGUCAUUAACCAUGCACUGUCUGUAUAAAAUAUUCCACUCUGUGUAGCCAAGAAAUUGAAUUGAAUGUAGCUGAAUAACAAGAGAUAACUGUCUUCAAUGUUACAAGAACACACAAACUAAUAGACGACCCUAUAAAAGUUAAUUCCAUUUAAGUUACAUAUCGUUGAAACCUUCAGGCAAAUGACCUUUUUGAAUUGCAAUUUUUUCCAAACAAAUUCUCGGAUCUUUAAAACUGCGGUGGUAGGGAUCAAAUAAACUCUGUCAAAGCUUUUACUGCUUCUUACAACUCAUGAUUUAAUUAUUUGCUACCAGUGCUGCUUUAUAAUUUUUGGAUAAUUGUGUUCUCGAGACUUAUAUUCAAUCGAAUCUUCACACCAUUGCUGCACAAUUGUUAAAACUUCCCUAUUCAGCACUCCAUGCACCGCUACAUCACUGUAAUCGAUAAUAGAUGUUCAGAAAAGAACUGGCUGAUAUUUGUACUGCACUCACUCGCUGAAUGGAUACUUCCGACAAAAUUCAAGCUGAACAGCCUACCUUUUAGAAGCUGCAAAUUUCGCUGAUUUCUCUUUAGGUGCAUUUUUGGCUUUAUUUUAAAAUAUAAUAAAAAUGCUGUACUUAUUAUCACAGAAAAUUUUCAUUUUACAAAAAAAUUAAUUCAGCGCAUUGAAAGGUGUUCAUGUGCAAGUAAAGAGAAAUCAGCCCUUUUGCCGGUUACGAAAGAGAUAACCUAGUUAAAAAUAAAUACACCUAUAUAUUCAUGUAACUGAUGUUGUUAUAUUCACUAGGAAAAGACUAUAAUCACAUGAAGAACAGAUUAAAACAUGGAGCAAAAAGUAAUAUUAUAAUAAAAAGCAGAAAUAAAAUAGUGCCUGGAUAAAAAUAUCAUCAACUGGUGGAUUGAGUGGAAUAUUAUAAUAAGCGUAUAGGAGUUAUAGUUUUGACCAACAACAACUGCUAGCUGUAUGUUUUUCUGAUUUAAAUGAGGCCUGUACUGUA